AUGGCAGCCAGCUCGAGAUCGUUCAGACUGCUUACAGUCAACACCACACCGGAACGCGCCAAGCGUGUUGUUGGUCGACUCACUGAGACCCUAAAAGACAGAUACAACAUAACGCAUGUGGAUAAUUGCCAGAGUGAGAUAUCUCUCCUAUUGUGUAAAAGAGCCAGCCAAAGUAGACUGACGAACGAUUCAGAGAUUGAUGAAGUAACUUCCAAGGUCGAGCUACACAAGCCGGACGUUCUGUUUUCAGCAUCUAUGUGGACGCCCGAAGAACAUCAGCAGAUCCAUUCCCUAGCUCGCGCUGCUCUACCCAAUAUCAAGCUUCUCGCCAUUCCCACCGGCCUCCACGUUGACAAAGGUCCAGAUGGGAUUAUUGAGUUUCUCAAAGAGCAGGCUCCGAAGAUUCUAGACGCAUGA